AUGAGCAUUGAUGAUAUAAACGCUAGUUACAAUCCUAUCAGCCUUGAUAAUAUCUUUGAAGAUGUUGAUUCACUAUCAGAAUGGCUUCAAGAGAAAGAGAAUCCAUUAUUAGAUGGUGAAAAUGCUGGUGUGUUGCCUGUGGAUACCUCAGAUGAUGAAAUUAAUGUUGAUGAUCAAUCUCAACAACAAAAUUUAUCUCAUUCAAGUUCUAGUGCAACACCAAGUCAAAGUGGUGAUGGGCCCGAUGGUGGUGGUUUAAGUCCAAUUGAUGACGAUGAUAGACAGAGUGGUGAUGGAGCUGAAUUUAGAUCUUCUGAUCGGUAUGGAGAACAAUAUGUUUAUACAGGUAGUCGACAUUUUCGUGCUUCAUCUAGUAGAGAAAGAAGUGAACCAAGAGCUCAAUCAAAAGGAAAAGGGAAAGACACCAGAAAACAUACUUCUGAAGGUUUUUCUUCCGGCAGAAGAUCGACUUCUAAUAACCCUGGGUAUAGCAAUUCAUCUACUAGCACUCAUGAUUUUUAUCCACAGGGACAAUAUUCAUAUUUUCAACCUUCACAUGGUUUUUAUCCACCAUUUCCUAAUUAUGAUGUGCCAUAUCAUCCUCAAAUGUACCCUCCGCCACCAAUGUAUCACCCACCUCCACCUCACAUGUAUCCUCCUCCUCAAGUAUAUCAUCCAUCUCAAUUAUUUGAAAAUCAAGGUAAAAAUGUUACAGUUUUUGGAUAUAUUUUUGGACAAAGACCACAGAGAUCAAGUGGAGAUCACUCUCAAAGUGAAGGUGAAGGAUCUGAUCUUCCUCAUUAUUCCUCUAAUUGGUGA